GCACGACUGAGGCCCCGCCCUCCCGUUUGCCGGCCGGCGCGCGCUGCGGGCGGUGUGCUCGCGCCGCGUCCUCCCGCCCGAGGAAACGACGGCGGCGGCAGCGGCGGCGGCGGCCAUGAAAAUCUGGAGCUCGGAGCACGUCUUCGGGCACCCCUGGGAUACAGUGAUCAAAGCUGCUAUGAGAAAGUACCCCAACCCAAUGAACCCAUGUGUAGUAGGAGUAGAUGUCCUCGACAGAAGCCUUGACAACCGGGGGAGGCUGCACAGCCACCGUCUGCUCAGCACAGAGUGGGGAUUGCCAAGUAUUGUAAAAGCGAUUUUAGGAACAAGUAGAACUCUGACUUACAUUGAGGAACAUUCUGUGGUGGAUCCAGUGGAAAAAAAGAUGGAGCUUUGCUCAACUAAUAUUACCCUUACAAACUUGGUGUCUGUUGAUGAGAGACUGGUUUACACACCUCAUCCUGAAAACCCUGAAAAAACUGUGCUAACUCAAGAAGCAGUUAUUACUGUCAAAGGCAUUAGCUUGAGCAGUUAUUUGGAAAGCUUAAUGGCAAACACAAUAUCUUCUAAUGCCAGAAAGGGGUGGGAUGCUAUUGAGUGGAUAAUUCAAAAUUCUGAAAGCGCUCUAAGCUAGCAGUUCUCCACACCUACAGUUUGUACUAACUAGUGGUAAUGUCAGCAUUCUUCUUGGUACAGCAUUUCAGCUCUCUAGCAGAUGUGUGCAUGAGUUGUCGUGAUGUGAAUGUCCUGAAUUAACCUGCAUGUAUGUUUUAUAUAUGUUACGUACAGGAAUGGCAAACGUGUUCGUUAGGGAGUAGGUCAGACAUAGGUCAGUGGGCAGCAAACCUGCUGCAGCCACAGCCUCUGCUUCAGCUGCAAGUGGAAGCGUUGCUACAGCUAGCUAGGCACAUCAGGGAGCUCUUCUACCAAACAUUGGUUUGGGUUUCGCUCCCUGUGAUUUCAGUGUGUGAAACAGGUACCUGAAGGAAUUAAUCCAUCGUUCAGUGACUGGAAUUGGCGUCACAAAAAUGAAGCAGAAAUUGAUAACACUGAUUUCUUAAAACAGAUUGCCUAGCGAGGGUGAUCUUCUACAUAGUGAAAUUGGAUUUGCUUUUUUUACGUCUCAGGAAUAUUGUUGCCCUUCUGCCAGUUUCCAUGGAAAUCUGAACAGUGUUUGCAGCUGGCAGAAUACCAGAUUCCCGUGGUGCUUUUCAUUGCUAUUGUUAGUUGUCUUCUUUUUGGUAGUGAUGUGUCCCCUCAGCUAUGCGACUAUGACAAAAGCUGACUUCAAGGCUGGGAGGACAGAGUAUAGUUGC